AUGUCGAUAAAACCCCCCUCGCCAUCGCUGCCCUCUCCCGCCCUCCCCUCCACCCCCUCAAAACAUCCCGAUACCAGCCGCGGCAUCAUCAUCCCGCAAACGGAACCGGAACCGGCAAACACACACGAGCCGCGAGCUUCCCUCCUUUCUCUCCCCACGGAAAUCCAUCUGCAAAUCGCCAAUCUGCUCAUGUACCCCGAUGCCCUCUCCCUGAAAUACACAAACCGGUAUUUCCACAGCUUCGUCGACACGGGCAUCAACCUCAAGGUGGAGUGGCUGGUGGAGCGGCGGCGCCUGCAUCUCGAGUGUCCGAACAACAAGCGCUGCGACUUGGGCACGGAUUUGCGCUUUUGCAGAGGCAGCGUGGCGCUACUCAUGAAACGUCGGAGGGAACACAUUGAAUGCGAAUCACGGCCCGGACUGGGCUGCAUCAUCUACGGCACGCCGACCUGUCCCAACCGCCGACGGGGCAUGAAGGCGUGGCAGAGGUGGCUGGAGACCAAGUUUACCAUUGAGCUGCGUUGGGUGCUCUUGGCUAUGCUUGUGCUUUUGUGUAGCUGGAUCUACACGCUCUUGUCGGGAUAG